AUGAAUGAAUACGGCUUAUAUGAGGAUUUUAUGUUUGGCCUCAAAGGAAACCAGGAAUUUGUGGCCACAUCUUCCCCAGCGGAGAUUGCUGUUCGUAUCUGGCAACGGCGUGACUCUGGGCAGUACGGGCCCUAUGUGUGUCACUUCCUUACAUAUAUACACUGUCUUCACUACAAACCUGACACUAAGCCCUAUUCUUGGUCUUGUAAAGGUACAGUUUACAUCAACCAGGUUUUGGGAUAUUGGCAUCAGAGUAGAGUUACGAUGUUAUCUUUGUCCGCUCCGAAAUGGGCUUUUUGCAGCCGAGACAAGUUCUUUGUGUACCAUUUACGGAAUGGUCGCAGGUUGGGGAGGCCCCCCAUGCUUGGGUGGUGCACAGCCUUGCAGAUGAUCAAGAGUAAACACCAUUUGUUGGGGACUAAGGGACAGAUCACCGCGAAGCUUGAGGAGACAGGACCACAAUUAAUUUUGGUGGUGUUGGGUCAUAAUGGAUCAAUAAGAUCUCUUGCCUGGGACAUAGACCGCCAGCUUUUGUUUUCCGGAUCUUUUGAUCAAUCUGUCAUAGUGUGGGACAUUGGUGGUGGCAAAGGAACAGCAUUUGAGCUUCAAGGGCAUACAAGCAAAGUUUCUGCACUUGUGUAUGGUUCGAGAAGUCACCAACUGAUCUCUGGUGGGGAAGAUGCUACCAUUGUGUUUUGGGACAUGAAAGCAAGCAGACAGGAGACCCCAGAAUGGUUACAAGCAGAUUCUUGCCAAUACUGUGAACGUCCAUUCUUUUGGAACAUUCGAGCCAUGAUGGACCAGAAGCAAAUUGGUCUCCGUCAACAUCACUGCAGAAAAUGUGGGAAAGCAGUGUGUGACAGCUGCAGCAGCAAGAGGUCGUGCAUCCCAAUUAUGGGCUUUGAAUUUGAUGUUAGAGUUUGUGAUACUUGUCAUUCUACCAUAUCUGAUCAAGACAUUAAUGGAGAAAAUCGCUCGUCUCUUGCUAAGUUCCAUGAGGUAAAACACAGCAUAGUCAGCAUGGACCUUGAUGAGGAGGCUGGUAUUCUUCUUACUGUAGGUCAAGACCGUGUGAUGAAAAUUUGGGAAGUGUCAAGUUUGCUGAACUGAUCCCACGAGGAAUCUGCAACACUGUGGCAUACGCAGAUCUUGCUUGCAGCUGACUCCUGAAGGAAAUCCUACUAUAUCUAACAGCUUUAUGUGGUUAUCAAAGUGUUGAGCCUGCUGCUAAAUCAUGCAAGGAGCUUUCAACACAAGUAUCUAUAAUUUCUGCUGGCAGACACUCUCUGAAGCCAAUCAUCUUGUAGAUAAGAGUUAUUGCAUUCUCCAAUAGCAUGACUCUGGUGAUGAGGUUUCAGAUCUGCUGAGCGGUUUUCAAGAAGAAUCCUGUACACAUCACUGUGGCAGCCACAAGUUCUGCCACUGACAUGUCCAUAAAGGUAAAUUGUGAAAGGUAAUUUUACAUUCCAUACUGUGUCCUCAUAAUUUUGAAGGUAACAUAAUGACAUAAGUAAAGAUCCAUAUUCUGCUAAGGUUGUAACAGUAAGAUAAAGCUGUUAUUCAUGUGUUUGAAAUUGUAUAAUUGUAAUGUACUUGGAGUUUAUAAAAUCCUAUUUAUAAGAAUAAAAUGCUCUCUGAACAGUAAAUAGUACCAUUAUUUUCGUAAAUGCUUAAUUAUGUAGCUCAAUAUUUAGCAAUAUAUUGAUGGCACUUCAGUUUAGGUCAAGCUUUUGCUUUGAUUCUCACACAUUUUGAUUGACAGAAUGCAUACUCUUCAGUUUCUGUUGUGCUUUAUAAGCAGUACACUGUAAUCUUAAUGGUUUAACUUUUGUCUGCUAACAAUAUCAGUAGAGAUGUGCUGAAAUUAUAUAUUGUAUUAUUUAAAUUUAUUGAAUAGAUGUUCAACAAUUUGGCUAAGAAGGUAGGAAUAUUUGUGUACACAGUAAUGAAAGUAAUUUAAUUAAGAAUGCAUAUGAGGUAUGUAGCUGAAUGCUGAUGAUUGUUUUGUUGAUUGAAGAUGAAUUCUAGGAUCUGUUUUGUUGGAUGAAGGUGGUUUUGAGGAAGCUUUGAUGUAUGAAGAGGGAUUCUAGAAUUGUCUUGUUGAAUGAAAAUAGAGUUUGAGAAAUCUUGGAACAGUGAAAGCCUGGGAGCAGCUGAUAAUGUUGUUAACUAAUGCUUCAUUGGAAUUUGAUCUGUUACUUUUAACUAUGAAACUAGGUCUAAUUAAAGGAAUAUUAUCAUUAUUAUUAUUAUUUUUUUUUUUUUUUGGCUAUUGUUAUUGGUGCUAUCCAUGUCUGUCAGCUUUAAACAGUUGCCAACAGGGAAUUAUUGAUCUGUUUUUGCUCUAGUAAUUAAAGUAAUUUGUUACAAUUUUUAUUUAUAAUUUUUAAUUUUAUAGCAUUAUUGAUUUUUUUUUGGGUGGCAUGCUAAAAGUUGUAUAAAGAAGAGUUCCUACAAAUAUUUUGACUUAUUUAUUUUGGAAGUAUUGUACAGUAUGUACAUACAUUUUAUAUACUUAGUUAUGUAUACAGUAAUAAAUAAAGCAUAAAAUUUGAAAAAUCUGAAAUAGCCAUUAUUAAAUAAAAUUAAUAAAAUAUGCAAACCUAUCCAAUAAUCUGGGGUUGCAAGUACAUGAUGGUUGUAAAUUUGAGAUGGGGUUUACAUAGGGUGCUGCAGAGAAGUUAUAUUUGACAGGCUUCAGGUAUGAAUAGUAUUUUGGGCAGGGCUAAAACUCCACAAUUUUAGUGGUAUGAAUAUUCAGUUACUCCUCACUUAAUGAGUAAAAUCCAAUUUCCUAUGGGUUCUAAUUAUACAAUUGGAAAUGGCCCAUAAAAUCUAAUUUACUUACAUAAAUUUCAGGGACAUACAGUACCACAGAUUCAAUAACAUUGUGUGUGUGUGUGUAUGUAUAUAUAGUAGAGCAUAAAUGGUAUAAGUAAUGUGUAUUAAUGAUGGCUUGUUCUCUUGAGUAUUUGAGUAGAGGCAAUAUGGAGUUGGGUGUUACCAGGAAGAGGAGAGAGGGGAAGAUCUUGCCAUGGGUAGUAUGUCUUGAAGAGGAAAAAUAAUAAUGAAAAAUUAAAAAGUAUUAAAUUAAAAUAAAAAUUGCCAUCUUUAGUUCAAGUGUGAUCGUGAGACAGGAAAUUUUUCUUAAUUCAGGAUGUCUUCUUCAUAUGUAAUGAAGAUAUGAUGCUCUUUAUCCUUAGUAGACUGGUAGUCUGAUCUUAUGUAGAUGGAGAAGCUCCUGUCAUUUCUGGUUCGCAGAAUCUCACUUCAGAUUGCAUGAGAGAUGAGGAAUCGAUAAGGUUAAUACUAACAACCACAGACCCGAAGAAAUGUGGCAUUUUGCAGCGGCCUGCUAGAUGGCAGUGCAAAUGGGGACACACUUUAACAGUCUGUCAGAAUCUGAAAUACCAUUAACCCAAUUUACCGGUUUUUACCUCCCACGACCCCCAAAGAGUAGACAUAGCAGUAUCAAGUAUCUCAGCACUAGGAAUAAGAAUUAUAAAAUGCUCAAAAGUUGCUUUCAUCUACCUCCCAUGUCAUUCAACUCAGCUUGCUGUUAAGGUGUUACAACUCCUCGUUGGAAAAAGAGGUUCCUUAAAAUUUUCAAUGUCAUCACAUCUGUUUUAUUAUCUGCUAAAUUUUUGAGAAAUUACUAGAAAAAUGCAGUGUUUUAAAUAGCUUGUGGAGCUGGUGGUAUUGAAGUUAGAGGGAUGUGGCUUGAUUUGUUGGAUAGAAGAGUGGGGCUAUGAUAUAAUAAUGUGGACAUGAGGCUAGGUGCUGGGCUAUGGGCAUUCCAAAGUGAGUCUUGCUAAGGGGUCGGUGGCUUCUUUGUUCAGAUCCAGCGUCCUUUUCAAGGCUCAUUACUCCAAUGUGUGUCUGGAACUGUCUCUUGUAAUCCAUGAAAAUUGUUGACAUAUCUAGGCCAUAGAUUUUUUCUGCACUGUUUGUUGUGGCUGCCAAGAAUUCAUCCCAAGUUUUAUGGAUGCUUUUAAUGGCAUCCACUAUGUUAGUUUAUCCAGAAGUAUCUCGCCUUCAUUGUCCUUGAUAAUCUUGGAGAAAAUUGUUCCUAAAUAAUGCAUCUAUAAGUUGGAUUAUUUAAGAACACCCUUAUCCAUUAGUGGAUGAAGAAUGUAUUCUUGAAGAAACACAUUACUGACAAAUUCAGAAGAGUUACUCAGUGAUCCAAUAUGGCAUUGGGCAUUAUUUGGGAGUAAUGUAUUCUUACCAGUAAUGUUUUUAGUUAUAUACUUUCACAAUGAGUGUCAAAUUGCAGGGAGAUGAGGUUACAAAACUCCUUCUUAGUCUUGGCAUUUCAGAGAGGUAUAUUAGCAUGGGUUUAAUUAAGCUUAAAAUUCUCUCUGCAUUGCUUUCCAGGAAAAUUAAUUGAUCCUUGGUUACCUAAAAUCCUAGAGCAUUGUUUGUAAACAGAUAUAAAGGAUUUUGAUGGCAUCCACUACCAGUCUGGCUCAGUUUCUUCAGUAUUGACCAUUUACUGCAGUGUGUAGAUACCUACUUGUGUUUUUCUUCUAAGCUUCUUGAAAUGUGGCAGCUCCCUCAGUAUCAACCCAGACAACUUCACCAGUCACUAGUGUUAUGCAUCUUGCAGUGCCUCUUAAAUAUUUCAAACCAUUCUUUGCUAGCCACAAAACUAUCCAUGUUGGAGUACUCACCUUUGUUUUCUCAAAUCCUCGUAUGCAAUUUUUAUUUUCUCCAGAAUAAUCAGUAUGCUGUUAGUUUUCAUCAAAGAUUCACACACUGACAAGCCCUUCUAUAAUCUCCAUUACAUUACCAUGAGUGAAAGUUAAACAGUAAUGACAGGAUUCACAAUCCUAGUAUUAAUUUUUGCUUGAUCAAAUUUAGCUAGUUCAGAUGGUAUCCACUGUAGAAUGUAAGGUACCAAGAACUGUAGUGAUAGUAACUGGCUUGUCGUCAGUAUGUCUUUUGAAAAAUAUCCACUUUAGUGUAGGCAAUACUGGUCUUCCUCUUAGCCUUUGCCUUAUUGGAGCUCAUGUUUGAUGUAAAAGUGUAAUAGUAAUGUUGAAGUAGAGCACAAACCUGGACCUUGAACAGGUGUGUUCCCAAACAAUAACAAAGAUGGAAGAGAGUUUGCUCUAUCUCCCUCCUUACACACAUCUUGCAAGUGACCUGGACCAAGCUCCUUUGACAUUUGUUGCUCAAGGAGGAAGUGUUGUCACUAAAGAAAUUGGUUCUUUAAAAUCACUUGUUGCUAAAUGAAGUUGUUAGGCAAAAAGUCAGUAAGUGGGGAUGACUGUACAGUAUCUUGAUUUUACAUUGUGCAGUGUGUUGAGUCAUUGUCUUUGUGUCCUUGAUAAAUGUAGAUGUUUGUCAUGAUGUGCACCUAUAUAUGUAAUUAUAUAAUAUGUAGGUAUUAAUGCUCAAGUAGCCUAAGUAGCAUACACAUGGAAAAUGCUGAUGUUUUGCAUAAAACGAUUUGUGUUAAAAUUUCUAAUCUGAAUGACAAGGUAUUGGUUUCAUAAACUGAAAAAUUAUGAAUAUUUUUAUUGUUAAUACUAAUGUAAGUUUGUUCAGCUCCUCCACCACACAACCACAAUUUAAUUCUUGUCUCUAUAUAUAUAAAUGUAUGUAUGCAUAUAUGAAUAUAUAUACUCAGUGGCCACUUUACUAGGUACCCCUGUACACCUGCUCACUAAUGCAAAUAUGUGAUCAGUCAAUCACAUGGCAGCACCUCAGUGACUAAAAGCAUGCAGACACGGUCAAGGGGGCAUUGGUAUUCAGACUGAACAUCAGAAUGGUGAAGAAACGUGAUCUAAAUGACUAAUUAUGGAAUAAUUGUUGGUGCCAGAUGGGGUAGUGUGAGUAUCUCAGAAACUUUUGAUCUGGAAUUUUCAUGCACAACAGUCUCUAGAGUUUACAGAGAACAGUGUGAAAAACAUAAAACAUCCAGUGAGCAGCAGUUCUGUGGACAAAAACAUCUUGUUAUUUGGAAGAGAAUGGCCAGACUGGUUCAGGAUGAUAGGAAGGUGACAGUAACUUAAAUUACCACAUAUAGCAAAGUGGUAUGCAGAAGAGCAUCUCUGAAUGUACAACAUGUCAAAUCUUGAAAUGGAUGGGCUAUGGCAGCAGAACACCAAACCAGGUUCCAUUCCUGUUAACCAAGAACAGGAACCAGGCUGCAGCGGGCACAGGCUUACCAAACCUGGACAGUUGAAGAUUGUAAAAACAUUGCUUGGUAAGAUGAAAUGAAAUUUCUGCUGUGACAUGCAGAUGGUAGGGUCAGAAUUUGACAUAAAUCUUUGGAAUGUGGUGGAAUGGGAGAUUUGCAGCAAGAAUGUGCAACCAACAAAUAUGCAGUAACUGCAUGAUGCUUUCAUGUUAACAUGGACAAGAAUCACUUAGGGAGUAUUUCCAGCACCUUGUUGAAUCCAUGUUUCAAAGAAUUCAGGCUGUUCUGGGGGUAAAGGGAGGGGGAGGGGCCCUACCAUUAACCAGAAGGGUGUACCUAAUAAAAUGGCCAUCUGGCUACUCUGUUCAUUCAUUUCCUUAGACGAUAUCAAAACUUUUGCUGAUACCAAUAUCUAAUUUUCAGCUGAUAACAAUACUUUUUUUUUAUUUUAAUAACUAUUCAAUAUACAAGGAAAUGCUUAUUACACACUGGGUAUAAAUAACACAGGAAGGUUAUAUAUUAGAUAACUUUUUCUCUGACAUGAUGUUAUUACUUAGCCUGUUACAUUAGUUACUGAUUGUCCACAGUUUGUGUGUGCUCAUGUGUGUGUGUACUUACUUAUAUGUGGUUGUAGGGGUCAAUUCACAGCUCCUGAGUAUGUGCGCAUGUGUAUGUGUGUGUGUGUGUAUGUGUUUGUGUACACGUGCAUACUUGUGUGUGUGUGCAUGUGCUUGUGUGUGUUUGUGCAUGUGUGUGUGUGUGCAUGUUUGUGUAUGUGUGCAUGCGUGCAAGUGUGUAUGUAUGUGUGUGUGUGUGUGUGUGUGUGUGUGUGUGUGUACAUGUGUGUGUGUGUACAUGUGUGUGUACAUGUGUGUGUAUGGACAUGUGUGUGUACUCACCUAGUUGUGGUUGCAGGGGUUGAUUCAUAGCUCCUUGUCCUGCCUCUUCACUGGCUGCUACUUGGUCAUUCUUCCUGCUCCAUGAGCUUUAUCAUAAUUCUUCUUAAAGGUAUGUAUGGAUCCUGCCUCCACUACAUCACUUCCCAGACUAUUCCACUUCCUGAUAACUGUGACUGAAGAAAUACUUCCUAACAUCCCUGUGAUUCAUCUCUGGAAAAUUCUGUCUCUGACCACCUUGUCAAUUCUCCUUAGUAUUUUAUAUGUUAUCAUAUCUCCCCUAUCUCUCCUGUCCUCCAGUGUCAUCAGGUUGAUUUCCCUUGACCUCUCCUCAUGAGGCAUGCCCCUUAGCUCCGGGACUAGUCUUGUUGCAAACCUUUGCACUUUCUCUAAUUUCCUUAUGUGCUUGGCUAUGUGCGGGUUCCAAACUGGUGCUGAACAAUUCCUUAUUGAGAUGUCGGAAUGCUGUUCUUAGGUUUGCUAGGCUCUUGUGUGCUGCAGCAGUUAUUUGGUUGAUGUGUGCCUCAGGAGAUGUGCCCAGUGUUAUACUCACCCCAAGAUCCAUUUCCUUGAGUGAGGUUUGUAGUCUCUGGCUCUCUAGACUGUACUCUGUCUGCAGUCUUCUUUUCCUUUCCCCAAUAUUCAUGACUUUGCACUUGGUGGGGUUGAAUUCCAGGAGCCAGUUUCGGGACCAGGCCUGCAGCCUGUCCAGAUCCCUUUGUAGUUCUGCGUGGUCCUCGUCCAAUUGAAUUCAUCUUGUCAUCUUCACAUCAUCUACAAACAGGGACACUUCUGAGUCUGUUUCUUCUGUCAUGUUGUUCCCAAAUACCAGAAACAGCACUGGUCCUAGGACUGACCCCUGUGGAACCCUGCUCGUCACAGGCGUCCACUCUGACACCUCGCCACGUACUAUGACUUGCUGUUGUCUUCCUGACAGGUAUUCCUUGAUCCAUUGCAGUGCCUUCCCUGUUAUCCCUGCCUGGUCCUCCAGCUUUUGCACUAAUCUCUUGUGUGGAACUAUGUCAAACACUUUCUUACAGUCCAAGAAAAUGCAGUCUACCUACCCCUUUCUCUUGUCUUACUGCUGUCACCCCUGUCAUAGAACUCCAGUAGGCUUGUGACACAGUAUGUCCCAUUCCUGAAACUGUGCUGGCUGGUUUGUUUGUUUGUGUGGUGUGUGUGUGUGUGUGUGUGUGUGUGUUGUGUGUGUGUGUGUGUGUGUGUGUGUGUGUGUGUGUGUACACAUACAACUAUUUGUGGUUGCAAGGGUUGAGUCACACUGUGUAUGUGUUUUUCCCACCAAGGCAGGGUGACCACAAAAGAAAGAAAAACCCAAAAAGGAAGAAAAAACUUUCAUCAUUCAACACUUUCACCAUCACUCAUACAUAAUCAGUGUCUUUGCAGAGGUGCUCAGAUAUGACAAUUUAGAUGUCCCUCCAAACUGCCAAUAUCCCAAACCCCCUCCUUUAAAGUGCAGGCAUUGUACUUCCCAUUUCCAGGACUCGAGUCCGGUAAGUAUAUAUAUAUUAUACAGCACCAAUGUGGAACUCAUACCUGAGGAAGCAUGUUAAAAAACUGGAGAAAAUUCAGAAAUAUGCAAGAAGGCUUUUCCCUGAAUUAAGGAGUAUGAACUCUAAGAAGAGGCUAAUGGAACUGAGUAACAUGACAUUGGAGGAUACAAGAGCCAAGGGAGAUAUAACAACAUACAAAAUACUCGGAGAAUUUGUUAGGAUAGACAGGGACAGACUAUUGAGAGGCUAGAAACUAGAAUGGAGACAUAACCCUUGUCAGUUUAGUGCUUUAUUUGAUUAUAAUAGAAUGGAGACACAGCUGGAAGUCUGAGACACAAAUGAGGCAUAGGAAUGUUAUGAAGUAUUUCUUCAGUCUCAAGGUGGUCAGAAAGUGGAAUGAUCUUGGUGAAGGAGUGGUGGAGAGAGAACCCAUACAUAGCUUUAGAGCAGGUACAAUAAAGUCCAUGAGUCUAGGAGGGAGUGAAUCUGGCAAGCAACAGGUUGAGAGGUGGGGCCUGGAGCAAAGACUUAACACCUACAACCACAUAGGUGAGUACACACAUACAUAAAAAGAAGGAGCACUGCAGCAGGCUUACUGGCUUGUGCUAGACAGCUCCAAGUCACCUACUGGCCCAAGCCAGUUAGGUUCAACUUGCACCCACCCACAUUCACUUGUGUAUUUGUCUAACCUAUUUUUAAAACUACACAACAUUUUAGCUUCAGUAACUUUACUUGAGAGUUUGUUCGACUCAUACACAAUUCUGUUACAGCCACAACUCUUUUACAUACACGUCAGAACAGGAAUGACAUGGUCCAUGAAGCUAGGAGGGAGUAAAUCUGGCUUGUGGCAAGUUGUGAAAAGGAGCAAGAAUCUAGAGCUUGAGCCCUGCAACCAUAUAUAGGCAUGUGCACGUGCAUUCAUACAUGAGUGCCAUGUCUACAUAGCAUGUAUGCAUUGUGUAUGCAAACAAACAAAGCUUGCAUAGAUGCAGAAUGAUAUUUCGCAUACCUUGUUUAUAUGUGCUGUAGGAAAGAGACAUUUUUAUGUAUGAUGUACUGCAUAGACCUGUCUGGGGUGGUAGAACACCAAAAGAGUUGAGCCGAGAUAUCAAAUGUCAGCAGGUGACAAAUUUGAAGGCAUGACAAGACACAGGUUGGUCUGUGUAAAUUUACGUUAGAUACAGUUAGAGUUAAUUCGUAUUGAAGUGUUUGAUCAAAAUGAUAUUUUGAAUUGCAUUGUUUAUGUAAAAUUAUUUUUUUGAGUUGUCAGUAGUCUGCUCUUUUAGGUGUGUAUGGAAGGAACUUAUUGAGUUUUGAUCAAUGAUACUUUGAAAAUGUUUACUGAAAAUUUAAUUCUUGUAAAUAUUUUUUGUGAAUUUAAAUUUUAUUAUGAAAAGAUUAAAGAAUAUAAAAACUAGUCACAUUUAAAGUACAGAAUCUGCUAGUCUCUUGUUGAAGACAUGUUCUAGUCAUCUGCUUAGACUUGUAUAAGUCAUAUCUAUAGUUUGCUUGUUAAAAAUAAUUUAUAAUAUUGUAACUGCAUUUGAGCAAAUAACAGUUGUAAGCAUAUCUCAAGAUAGCUAAGUUACACACUUGCAUAUAUUAAUAGAAACUCUUUAAUUUCCUUCAUUUCCUUUUCAUUCAGUGUACCACUGGUUAAAAAAAAAAAAAAACCAUACCACGGGUGGGGUUUGAACCCGC